GUUGUUGUCAUCUAUGUCAUCAUGUCACAUUAUUAUAAAUUAUUUGUGACAAAUUCUGCAAAGUAAUUAGUUUUUUGCGUUACUGGGAUGAGUAAUACACGUGCUCCGAAUUUUACAAAAUCCGAAGAAAACUUGCUCCUAUCUUUAGUAAGCAAGUAUAGAAAUAUUCUGGAGUGUAAAUUGUCCAACACUGAUGCAAAUCAAAAAAAAAAAAAAUCAGUGUUGGAAGAAAAUUGAAGUAGAGUUCAAUUCUUUAUCUGGCCAGACCUUCCGGGAUCACAAAGUUUUGAACAAAAAGUACGACAACAUUAAGAAGAGGACAACGAAAAAAUUUGCUGACGAGAAAGCCUAUGUCGGUGGUACUGGGAGAGGGUCACAACAAAGUAUUGAGGCCACCGAUGUUGAUGUGGCUGUAAAAGAAAUUCUCGGGGCCAAACCAAUGGGGCAUAGCAGCGAAUUUGAUGGCGAUUCCGAAACAACCUCAUUCCAAAGUAACAGCGGUAUAAUCUGUCUGAUGACGAAAAUGAUGAUUGUUUUAUGCCAAAAGAUCAAACCGGAGCAAUUUCGAGAGAAGUGCCUGUUAUGGAUAAAAUAAGUGGUCCCAAUAAAGAAAGUGGUAAACAUUAAUAAUAAUCAAAUAUGGUUAUUUUUGUAGAAAAUGGUCAAACUGGGAAUUGGGCUAAAUACUCCCCCAAAAUCUUGAAGCAAAACAAAUUUUCAGCACUCAC